GUGAGUAGGGGGCUAUGGGAACCCUGUACUUUCCACUCAGUUUUGCUGUGACUCUCAAACUGCUCUAAAAUUAAAGCAUUUUAAAACGCAGAGGGAUGCUGGCUUCUGGAGAUGAGAAGGUAGGAGUAUGAUAGGCGGCAGUGUCCAUGGCAUGUACAACACGUAUAGAAAGAUGGUUUGCUAAGUCUGGAAAUCAUGUAGGACCUGUAGUAUGUGACUAGCACCUGCUGUGAGCUGGCUGCUUUCCUAUAGAUUGUAUCAUUUUAUCCUCAACACAAUCAUGGGCAUCAUCCCUUGUUUCAUAGACUGGGACUUGAGACUCCGAGUCGGCCAUUUGCCCAGAGUCCCAGCUGGUGAGUGAGUGGUACAACCAGAAGUCACACACAGGUCUCUGAGCUCGCCUCCCUCCACCACUGCUGCCUAUCCCUUUAUUUGUACUUCAUCUAAUAGGCAAGGCAGCCAUUGACAGCUCUCAAAGGGGGAAGUGCUGGCCUGACCUAAAAAUAGCUUACAUUUAUCAAGCAUUUAGUCGGCUACACUCUGCUAAGCACUUUACAGAGAUUACCUCUUUAAUCCUCACAACGACCCUAUGGUUAUAAUUAUCUCCAUUUUACAGAUGAGGAAACAGACGGAAGAGAGACUGUGAGGUGUUGUGAGUCACACAGCUAGUUGGUGACAGAGCCCCAAGUGGCACCUGGGCAGCCAGUGCGAGUGCAGUCUCCACCUACCACUGCGCUGUGCCUGCUGCCCCCGGGGAGCGGGGGAGGAUGGGACAGGCCCUGUAAAGGUCGAGUUGAUAAGACUUUACAACUCAUUGAAUGUGGGAGCAGAGGGAGAAAGAGCAGUCCAGGCGUUGCUGUGAGUCAGCUAAUCCUGGGCCCCUUCUUUGGGACCUGAAUGCCCCGCGGGAUGAACUGGAGGUCAGGAGCAGAGAUGUCACUCAACCCUCCCUACAGAAAUUAGAGGUCCCUUUUGGAUGGUGUGUUCAAGCUCUCCCUCCCUGGUGCUGUGGGGGGUGUCAUCUCUCUCCCGAGAUAACAGGGCCACCUCAGUCCUCCUGGGGCUAUUCUGCGCUGCUGUCUGAUCCUCCUCUCUCCCCCAAACCCUACUUCAGCCUUUCUGCUGGGCGUAGCUGAGUGGGGAAGGCCAGCCCAGUUACGUAACCCUGUGGCUGGGACCCGGGAGGCCAGCCUGGGAGCAGGUGCUCAGCCCCUCCCUCAUCACCAGCAGUGAAAAUCUAGAGCUGGAGCUCAGCCUCUGGGAAGGCCCAGCAUGGAGGCAGCCACAGCUCCGGAGGUGGCCGCAGGAUCCAAGCUGAAGGUGAAAGAAGCCAGCCCAGCGGAUGCUGAACCACCCCAGGCUUCACCUGGACAGGGGGCUGGCAGCCCCACUCCCCAGCUCCUGCCCCCUAUAGAAGAGCACCCCAAGAUCUGGCUACCUCGGACCCUGAGGCAGACCUACAUCCGGAAGGUUGGGGACACAGUGAACCUACUAAUCCCUUUCCAGGGCAAGCCCAAACCUCAAGCCAUCUGGACACACGAUGGCUGUGCCUUGGACACCAGGCGUGUGAGUGUGCGGAAUGGGGAGCGAGACUCCAUCCUCUUCAUCCGAGAAGCCCAACGUGCUGACUCAGGUCGCUACCAACUCCGUGUGCAGCUGGGUGGGCUGGAGGCCACCGCCACCAUUGACAUCCUGGUGAUUGAGAGGCCAGGCCCUCCUCAGAGUAUUAAGCUGGUGGACGUUUGGGGCUUCAGCGCUACACUGGAAUGGACACCUCCCCAAGAUACGGGGAAUACAGCACUUCUGGGAUACACGGUGCAGAAGGCUGACACAAAAUCCGGGCUGUGGUUCACGGUGCUGGAGCACUAUCACCGCACCAGCUGCAUCGUCUCUGACCUCAUCAUCGGCAACUCCUAUGCCUUCCGAGUCUUUGCUGAAAACCAGUGCGGACUCAGUGAAACAGCCCCCAUCACCACAGACCUCGCCCACAUCCAGAAAGCAGCUACUGUUUACAAGACCAAGGGGUUUGCCCAACGAGACUUCUCUGAAGCCCCAAAGUUUACCCAGCCUCUGGCCGACUGCACUACAGUCACCGGCUAUAAUACCCAGCUCUUCUGCUGUGUCCGCGCCUCUCCCCGGCCCAAGAUCAUCUGGCUGAAGAACAAGAUGGAUAUCCAAGGCAACCCUAAGUACAGAGCCCUGACUCACCUGGGAAUCUGCUCCCUAGAGAUCCGCAAGCCGGGUCCCUUUGAUGGAGGCAUCUAUACCUGCAAGGCGGUGAACCCCCUAGGGGAGGCGUCUGUGGACUGUCGUGUGGAUGUGAAAGUUCCUAAUUGAGGACACCUAAGAAGGCAUGGUACUCUGACAAAGACAUCUACGACACAACUGAAUUCAACCCUCUACAGUACUAAGUGCUGGAAAGAGAUGCCGAAGAUGACUUGCUCUCUGCCUCUAUGGGCUUUCCAAUUCAAGUUGGGAUAACAGGACGCACAUCCACCACAAAGAGGCAAACAGCAGAACACAAAUAUGCACAUAGCUAAUUAUAGACAGAGCCCCAAGACCUGAGGGCUGGAAUGAUACUCAAGAAAUUGGAGGGCUGGGCAAUGUGGCUCAUGCCUGUAAUCCCAGAACUUUGGGAAGCCGAGACGGAUGGAUCACUUGAGGUCAGGAGUUCGAGACAAGCCCGGCCAACAUGGUGAAACCCCAUCUCUAUAAAAAUACAAAAAUUAGGCUGGGCAUGGCGUCUCACGCCCGUAAUCCUAGCACUUUGUGAGGCCGAGGCAGGCGGAUCACUUGAGGUUAAGAGUUCAAAACCAGCCUGGCCAACGCGGUAAAACCCUGUCUCUACUAAAAAUACAACAAAAUUGGACAGCUAUGGUGGCGAGCGCCUCUAAUCCCAGCUACUCAGGAUGCUGAGGGAGGAGAAUCGCUUGAAUCCAGGAGGCGGAGCUUGCAGUGAGCCGAGAUCAUGCCACUGCACUCCAGCCUGGGUGACAGAGCAAGACUCCAUCUCAAAAAAAAAACAAAAAAAAGCAAAGAAAUUGGAGCAGAGUCUCAUUAAACCCAGGGAAAGAAUAAAGGUGAGGUUCCCUUGAUUAUCUUUGUUUUCAUUCUGAUGACAAAUAAGAUAUUGAAGGUGUUCUGUGAUAGAAUCUGCAGAAGAUGAUAACAGUUCCUCCUAUCUUUGUAUGAGCACGGUGCUCCUCUCAUCAAGAGUUGGAGUCUAUUUCCCCUUCCCUUGAAUCAUGUGACUUGCUUUGACAGAAAGAAUGUAGCAGAAGUGACGUGGCACCAGUCCAGGCCUGGGCCUUAAGAGGUACCUUAGUUUCUGCUUUUGCUCUUAGAAGUCAGCUCCCAUAUAAAGGAUCUCAGGCUAGAUUACUGAAUUAUGGGAGGCCACAUGGAGGACAAACAAGCAUCCCCACUGAGAGCCAGCACCAUGGCCCCGGACACACGUGGCCACCUUGGACCCUAGAGCCCCAGUCAAGCCCAAUCAACACCUUGUAGAGUAGAAACAAAUCACCCAUGGAGAGCCCUGCCCAAAUUGUAAAAUCAUGAGCAAAUAAAUAGUGGCUGUUGUUUCAAGCCACUAAAUUUUGAAGUGGUUUGCUAUAUAAUCAUAGAUUACUGAAACAACCUUCUAUGCAACAGGCCCUGAACUAAGUGCUUUAUCUCUUUUAAUCUUCAUUUUACAAAUGAGGAUGUUGAAGCUCCUAAGUUGUCCCAAGUCAUGCAGCUAGUAAGCAGCAGAGCUAGGAUUUGAACCAGGUCUGUCUGACUCCAAGGCUUUCCUGUUUUCUCUCAUCCCUUUUAUCUGGUGAUCCCCACUGUAGAGGGUCUGGGUUGGAAUCAUGCGUUUAAGAAAGAAAAUAUUUCCAGGAGGCAAUACAUAUUAGGAAAUGUUUUGAGGAGGUUGGGGAAGUGAUUUGGCUGAGCAGAAUGUGAAGGGCCUUUUUGUUCAGACCAAAGGUCUAUUUUCAGUUGAGGCAAAGUAUCUAUUCCAGUCCUCAACUGAAGUUCCACAAGAAUUAAGCCUCCAUGCCAUAAGGCAUCCUUUGUGUCAUAAAUUAACUUAUUUCUAUGCAAUUAGAAUGUUACUGGGUAUAUACUAUCCCUUUGAAAACUGAGAAAAUAGUCAUGCAAAUCAUUAGUAAGGAACCCCUGCUUGAGAGUGUUGGGGGAGGGACCAGAGUCCAGUGACAGCCAGCCAUGUACCCAAUGGCAAAGAGGCCUCCCUCCAGUGGAAGCAGGACCUAGGUCAGGAAGGGGUGAAAUACCCCCAGUUAUGAUGCCCUAAGGAUAAGUCAGACCUUUGGCCUCAGCUCACAGCCCCUUCCCUCUGCUGUUCCCUGAAUUACUCAAGGGCCAUCCUUUAAAGAUUGUAUAUUCCCAAAUUUCAUGGUGAAGAAAUAAAAUUACACUGCCCAAGACCUCCAGCCAUAUUCUGCAUUGAAGGAGAAGCACGC